CGGGCUCUCCCGAGGCCUGAGGCCGGGCGUUCCCCAGGGACCAGGGUGUUCGGCCAGCGGGAGCCGGGCGGCGGGACGGACGGAGGGCGACGGACCGGUUCACCGCAGGUGGCCACCGCCCCUCCAAGGCAGUGACAUACAAUCACAGACCCGGCUGUCUGUACCCCCGACGUGUGCUGCCGGGAGCGCUGACGGUGCCUCAGGCCGAAGAUGCCUCUCUUUGGGAAUACGUUCAGUCCGAAGAAGACGCCCCCUCGGAAGUCUGCCUCGCUCUCCAACCUGCAUAACCUGGAUCGGUCCACCCGCGAAGUGGAGCUGGGCCUCGACUACGGAACCCCCACUAUGAACCUGGCGGGACAAAGCCUGAAGUUUGAAAAUGGCCAUUGGGUAGCAGAGACCGGGAUCAGUGGAGGCGUGGACCAGAGGGAGGCUCAGCGCCUCCGGAGGCGGAACCAGCAGCUGGAGGAGGAGAACAACCUCUUGCAGGUGAAGGUGGAGGUCCUGCUCGACAUGGCAAAUGACUCGCCUGAUCUGCGUGAAGAACUCCGCUUCUUCAGCCAUAACACAGACACGACGGCGGCUGCACCUGUGAAGUUAAUAGCACGUUCUCUGAGACCACUGCCGAGUUCCAAAUAAUGAAGAAGGAGCUGGAAGAACUGAAGAGUGUCAACCGGAGAAGGAAAUAAAGACCCCAAGACGUUGGUUAGGAGAAGAGGGAGAACUCGACUGACCGGAGGAGUGGACUAUAGCUGAGGUGUUUAAGCUGAAAUGGUAGAUUAGGCCCCUGGAGAGAGGCCCACAAAUGGGGCCAGAGGCACUGGCACCCUUGAGUUCACAAUGGAAGGGUGAUGACAUCCUGGAGGAAAUCGGGGUUCCGGGGCAGUACAUAGCAAUGUCCUCUGGCUGCCCAGCUCAGGGAGGCCAGGCUGUGAGCAGGCCUCUGAGGUCUGGAGCAGUGCUAAGACUCUGGGUGCUCUCCAGUCACUUCACAUAUAAACGCACUGUCCCAGCUUCACUCUCACUGGACGGACUCUCUUGGGAGAAGCAGCUGGAGUCCAUCAGAGCCUCCCCUCACACGGUGUUCGGGGCGUGGCCCCAGUUCUAAAGAGCGCUGACCUCCGCCCUUCAGGCCCCCCUCUGUGUGCUUUAAAGAGUGUUUGCUCCCCAAAUCCACGUCCUCUGGCUUCAGUUUCUCAGCAGCAUCACCAGUCUUCUAUGCAACACUAUAUUUUUUGCUACUUUCUUGUUUAUACUACUUUUUCCCCUUUUUUUUCAAUAAAGAUUUUAAAAAUAAAAACAAA